AUGACAGUGGUAAACAACGCUAUGGCGCUGAACAGUUGGAAACCCGACGAAUGCGAGCUGAAGCAGGUGCUCGAGUUGUUGCAAGAAUCGCAGAGCACCGACACUCAAGUGCAGCGACAAGUUCAUGAGAAGCUGGAGCAUCUUAGGACGUAUCCUAACUUUUGUAAUUACCUCGCUUACGUUUUAAGCGACAUGAUUGACCAAGUUUGGACGUCGAAACCGCUAGCCGACAGACCGGCGAUUGCGUAG